AUUUUAGGCACCGGAAGUUGAAGACAUGCAAGCUACUUCAGCUGAGCAUUAGUAACUGAAAAUGCCAAUUGAACAGAAUUUAUUGCAUAUGUUAUGUGACAGUAGCUAAAUGAUAUAACUGCUUCUAAUGUUAACUUCGUCCGUCUACUGUAGAGUUUGACCACCCGACCGGUCAAGUUGUUACCCAGCAGCAAAGCAACGGUCAAAGUUAAACAGUGUUAGCAACUAGCUAACGUUAGCCACAUUGGAACAGCUGAUGCAUUUGGUGUUGCAGAGAAGACAGUUCUUUUUCAAAAAUCAACAACUGGGGCUGUUGUAUGAGGUGCGAAACUGUUAGAUGGCAGCCCGACAACCCUUCACAGACUCAGACACUGCGGACGAAGCAGUGAGGUCGACUUGUGACGAUGCAACGACAUGCAAAAGGUAGCUAGCUAGCUAGAGUCAUAGCAUGUGCAAGCUGCUGCUUAGCUAGGUGAUCCGAAUUGCGACAUUGUAGCUGUGCGUUUGCAACACGUCAAUUGCCUGCCCCAGUUGUAGCCACCUGCUUACCAGCAACAUAAAACGUUUAUUUAUUGAGAAGAAAUAAUCAGCUUGCCAUUAGUGUUUAUUCAGAUUUUACACAGCAAAUGACACAACCAUAUUCAAUAAGACAUAUGUCAUAAAUGGGAGCGUAGUAUUUUUUUAAUACUGCAUUUGGACAUGCAAUACUUACCAUUUGUUUGAUUUUCAGAUAUGCAACCAGUAAAGGCUACUGGACGGACCCCUAUGUCCAGUAUUUUGUGAGGUCGGUAGGGGAACGAAAAGCUCCAGAAAUCAACAGAGGCAAGUCAAUGUUGGCCAGAGACAAAAACACAUUUGUUAAAUUUUUUUGCUUGAAGAAGGCUUGCUUAAUACUGUAUUACUAAAUCUCUGUUGUCUUCUGUUAGGUUACUAUGCCCGUGUGCAGGGAAUGAACCACCUCCUGGAUGCCUUCCUUAGGAAAACAGAGUGUGACUGUCAGAUAGUGAACCUGGGGGCAGGGCUGGACACCACUUUUUGGAGGUUAAAGGUACAGUCUAAUAAUCCCAUUAAAGAAAUGCAUUAAUCUUACAGUACAAUUCAUGCUUGGCCUUGGUUUUUACUUUCAUUGUCUUUCAUUUGUCAUUUUUGUGUUUUUAGGAUGAAAACCUCAUGCCUAGAAAAUACUUUGAAGUUGACUUUCCAAUGAUUGCUGCCAGGAAAAUACACAACAUAAAGUAAGGCAUUCUACUUUUCCUCUUUAGAAUAAUUCAAAUACAUCAGUUUUUGGUUUUAUUUGUUUUGAUGUCACUGUGGUCUCAGUAAUGUAAUGUCAGAAAUUGACCUGUAGAGGGAGGCAGAGCCUGUCUAUAAACACUUUUGGAAAUAGUCUGUCCAGCUACACUUGUAGUGUGAUAAUCUGUUCAUAAGAAACACAAUUUAGUGUGUAGUUAUAAUGUUGUACACCUUCUCUUCAGGACAAAACCACCGCUGUCAAAACCUCUCAUUGAGACCCACUCCACAGACUCACUAUUACUAGGUAAUGAAGUAAAAGACAUUGGCUGAUACAAAUCAACAUAAUAAUUGUAUGUAUUUGUUGUCUCUUAUGGUGACAUUUGAUAUUCACUUAGUCUUCAUUUGUAUUGUCUGUGUGUGUUUCAGAUGGCCACAGCCUAGACUCAGACAGGUACUGCAUCAUUGGUGCUGACCUCAGGGACAUCCCAGGCCUAGAUGACAAACUGAAGAAGUUCCACCUCAACCCAGAGUCAGUGAAAAUUACAUUAUAUUGAAUAUGUUUGGCCUAGCAUUCACCGUUGCACUAUUUUUAUUUAAUUUUGUUGGACAGCUUUGCAAGAGUGUAGCCCUAUCCAACCGUAUCAGAGGAUCACCAGUUUUGCUGUAGCUGUACAGUAAGGUGUUUGGUAUGGUAUUGAUGUCUUGGGCUGACAGUGUUCUUUCCCUGUACCUUACUUGUAUUUAUGGUCUUGGCUGACGUGGCUGAGUGUUCCGCAGUCAGUUCCUGAUGACGAUAAUCAUACACUUGGGUGCUCUUUGAUUUGCUAUCCUUUCCAUAUGUGCGUCAAAGAGCCCCAUCUCCUUUGAUCUCAGCCUAUGAGACUUGGAAAAGCCCCCAUACUCACUGGCCCAGUGUCAACCGAGGGUUCUGUUUUUCAUAGAGCUUAUUGUUUUAGUGCAUGUAUUCACGUCUUCCUGUGAGGUCUGGUCCACCAGCCAAGCCUCAAUGAUAUUAGAAUGAGUUUUUUUGUGGAUUCAAGUGUCUUCUAAAAUGUCCGCGGGUUGUGCCAAAGGCUCUGUGGAUGUGGUGUUUUAUGUCACAGAUUCUGACAUUCAAAGGAGAAAUUAAGAAGAUGAAAAGGAAUGUUGUCUAUUUCACCUUUGUUACAUGUAGGAUGCAUCCCAGACACAAAAUGUAUACCUUUUUUUUUACAUGCAGAACUGAUUGGGAAUCACCUGGCUUUUUCUAAAUUGGGGAAAUUUUGUUCUCCUCCUUCUAGGUUGCCUACGUUGUUCCUGUCAGAGUGUGUGCUGGUCUACAUGACUCCAGAUCAGUCGUCCAAGCUGGUGAACUGGGCCUCAGACACCUUCCACACAGCCAUGUUUGUCAACUAUGAGCAGGUAAAGGAUUAACAAGAUCAGACAGCGCUAUGGCGAGAUAGACUGCCUCUGCUGAUUCCAUCUAUAUUGCUGCACGUCUAGGCUAAUUGUUUCACUCUCUGUCUAGUUGAACAUGAUGGAUCGUUUUGGCCAGGUGAUGAUUGAGAAUCUGCAGCGUCGUCAGUGUAACCUGGCAGGAGUGGAGGUGUGUCAGUCACUGGAAUCCCAGGUACAGCACCCUCAACCUUACAGCAACUUUACAACAACACUUUAAAACACCUUCGUAUUAGAUCAGAAGUGACGUUACAGAAUGAGCUAAAUAAAUCUGAAGGCAACAGUGAUUAUGGGGCAUGGUUAGAUAAGGUUCACUUUGUGACGCAAACACUGUGUGUACAUGCUGAGUGGGUGCCUUCCAGGCCUGCAUAGAGCAACACUGUUGUGAUUAGAAGACCACAAUUCUGUGUUUACAGCAGUUCACCUACUCUGUGUCUCACAAAGACACGGCGGUUGGAACCAAAUAUCUAAAAUAUGGACUCAUCAGACCAAAGGACAGAUUUCCACCGGUCUAAUGUCCAUUGCUCGUGUUUCUUGGCCCAAGCAAGUCUCUUAUUCUUAUUGGUGUCCUUUAGUAGUGGUUUCUUUGCAGCAAUUUGACAAUGAAGGCCUGAUUCACGCAGUCUGCUCUGAACAGUUGAUGUUGAUGUGUCUGUUACUUGAACUCUGUGAAGCAUUUAUUUUGGCUGCAAUCUGAGGUGCAUUUAACUCUAAUGAACUUAUGCUCUGCAGCAGAGGUAACUCUGGUUCUUCCUUUCCUGUGGCGGUCCUCAUGAGAGCCAGUUUCAUCAUACCGCUUGAUGGUUUUUGCGACUACACUUGAAGAAACUUUCAAAGUUCUUGACAUUUUCCGUAUUGACUGACCUUCAUGUCUUAAAGUAAUGAUGGACUGUUCUUUCUCUUUCCUUAUUUGAGCUGUUCUUGCCGUAAUAUGGACUUGGUCUUUUACCAAAUAAGGCUAUCUUCUGGAUACCCACCCCUACCUUGUCACAACACAACCGAUUGGCUCAAACGCAUUAAGAAGGAAAUACAUUCUACAAAUUAACUUUUAACAAGGCACACCUGUUAAUUGAAAUGCAUUCCAGGUGACUACCUCAUGAAGCUGGUUGAGAGAAUGCCAAGAGUGUGCAAAGCUGUCAUCAAGGCAAAGGGUGGCUACUUUGAAGAAUCUCAAAUAUAAAAUAUAUUUUGAUUUGUUAACACUUUUUUGGUUACUACAUAAUUCCAUAUGUGUUAUUUCAUAGUUUUGAUGUCUUCACUAUUAUUCUACAAUGUAGAAAAUAGUAAAAAUAAAGAAAAACCCUGGAAUGAGUGUCUCCAAACUAUUGACUGGUACUGUAGGUACUCAAUCAUGACAAUUAAACGACAAAUCCCAAGUGUUGAUUUUGUGCAAGACAUGUCCUGAAGUGUUUGCAAAUGUUUGCAUUUGUAGAAAGAGCGCUUCCUAAAGACGGGCUGGGAGAAUGCAGAUGCUCUGGACAUGAUGACUGUGUACAGUGUUAUACCUCAGGAUGACGUGGCAAGGUAAGACAGUCUGUUACAUACAGUAGGCAAAACGUACGUAUCAUGUUAUUUCUCCGUUGUCAGUUUCAUAUUGUUUAGCGCAAAGUUUUUUUUGUUGGUUGUUGAAAACUCUCUUUAUUUAGUUUCUCCAUCUUUUUUAUACAGAAUAGAGCGUCUGGAAUUUCUGGAUGAGAAGGAACUUCUGCAGCAGCUCCUCCAACAUUACAGUAUCUGCUGGGCCACCAAGGACAAGCUAAAGCUAGGUACAUGUGGGUUAGAUUACUGCCACUUAAACAUUAUUUGUAAGUCUUUACACUUGGAUACAGAAUAUUGUUUUUAAUUUAUUCCCGCUGUUCAUUACAAGAUGACAAAUGACACGAUCGUCUGCUUGUUCCAGGACUCUCACAAGUUGCUUUCUGAACCUGGACUGGACCGUCUGUCUUAAGCCUGUUUCUCUGUGCCAUGAUCAACACCACCAUCAGAGGAAGAAGGAACCCAUUAACACCUUCACAUCAGACUCCAGUCCUGUCUGUCUUCUCUGCUUCAAAUAAAGUGUGGGAAACUACUGGCAUCAGCAGAGUUCUACUUAAUGUGUUUCCUUUGCAUCCCAUAAGUGCACCCACUGUCUCCCAGCAUGUUUUUGUGAAAGAAAAGGGAAGUUUGCGCUGGAAGUGUGAUAUGAAUGACAAGACAUUGGAAAGGACAGUAUCCCUAGCCUUCAUUUCAUUAAAUCCAUUUGUCUGAGAUGGCAUGGCCUGUUUCUAAUGUACCUUCAGAGAACAUUGAGCAAGUUUGCUGAAUUUUGGAGAAAAGUAAAAGCCGGACACCGGUCAAGUUUUUAAUGUGCCCUUGUGUUGUGAACUAAAAAGUGUUUGUAUGUACUAAGAAUUUAGAAAUGUAUUGCCAAGACCGAUAUUUUCUUAUGAAUAGAAAUGAAAAGUUAAUACAUCUUAAAGAUUAAUUUGAUUCAAUUAGGAAAUUGCUGGAUUUGCAGUAGCAAUAGAUACAUUAGCAUGUAACAAGGAUUCUAGUCUGAAAGAAAUAAGAGGGGCAUUUUCAAUCAGAGCAAAGCAAUUAAGUCCUUGCAGGUGAUACAACAAUACCAAUGACACGUCAAUGCAGGUCUAUAGAGGUUGCAUAAAGCUGUUAAUAUUUGUGUUUGAAAACCUGACCUCCAUCAUUUCAUUAAUAACUGUGGUCAACAGACUGUACAUUAGAUACCAUGAAAGUCCAUGUCAUUUCCACAUGGAUGACACAUUUAAUAGUUUGAGUCACCCUCUGAGUCCACUGUGUCCUGCUGGUCAGAUCCUGUGUUUUUACAGAGAAACAUUAACCCAAUAUGACCUUGUGUACAGUGAGGUAGAGAUACAGAUAGCAGCACUAGAGCACUGAAGAUUUAGUGAUGUUAGAAAAGAGAUUUUUAUAACACAAAUACAGUGUCCAGUUAAAGUCUACACACCCCUUGCACA